AUGGAUGAUCUAACCGGCUCGGGUGGUAAGAAACAGGAUAUUCAAGCGACACCGAGGAAUUCAGAUCCAAUUGAAGCUGAAAAUCUACGGUCAGCAACUAGGGUUUCUGAUUGGGAAGGGAUUAAACAAGCUACCAAGAGAUAUGCGCAAAGAUUGGAUGCUGCUGCUCUGGCAGGUCAUGGGAAUUUGCAACCUUCAGCGACGACGGAACCAUUAUCAUUUGCAAAUGCAGUAAAAAACUUGAAUGAGAAGGUGACGGUGAACUUUAGGGAGUUGGAGUCUUCUGAGGUUGUUGAUGGAGCUGAUGUUGUUAUUCCGUUGGCUUCGGUUAAGCAAGUCACGGACAGGUAUGCAAACACUCUCUAUGGGUAUUUCUUGGGUAAACGGCUAGCGUUUCCGGUGGUGGAUUACUUUGCUAAGAACAACUGGGUUAAGUAUGGUCUGGCUAGAUUGAUGAUGAAUGCGAAUGGCUUCUUUUUCUUUAAGUUUAAAACUAAGGAAGGGAUGGAUAAAAUGUUAGAGGAUGGGCCAUGGAUGAUAAGAAAUGUUCCGAUUAUCUUGAAGAUGUGGUCGCCCUCUAUCAAACUAGAAAAAGAGGAUAUUAAAGCUAUUCCGGUGUGGGUAAAGAUGCACGAUGUGCCGCUAACAGCUUAUACCGAGGAUGGUCUUAGUUUGAUUGCAUCAAAGUUAGGGGUGCCUAAGAUGUUGGAUACGUAUACUACUACGAUGUGUGUUGAAUCUUGGGGUAGAAGUAGUUACGCUAGAGCUCUUAUUGAAGUGCAGGCGGGGGCUGAAUUAAAAAGGAGUGUCACUGUUGCCAUUCCAUCUUUAGAUGGUAAUGGUUAUUCUAAGGUAGAAGUCAAAAUUGAAUAUGAUUGGGAGCCUUUAAGGUGUCCGUCUUGCUGUGUUUUUGGUCAUGAUGAUAGUUCGUGCCCAAAGAACCCUCAGGUUGUUCCGAAUGGGGAUUAUGGAAAAAAGGGUGAUGAUUUUCAGGUUGUGGGUGCUAAAAAGAAGAAAGCUACUACUCAAGGGCUUCAUAUAAAAAAUCAAAAACCUAAAGUAGUCUAUCGUCCAGUUGCCAAACCUAAACCGAAUUCGGCUGUAAAAAAUUCGUACCAGGUUUCAACGUCGAACCCUUUUGAUAGUCUUAAAGAUGACGAUGGUAAUGGUACCAUGGUGGGGCGAGUGGCUGGUAAUCAGGGAGGUACCAACGUGGGUCGGGUUGAGAAGAAACCUUCGAGGGACGGGCAGGAAUCGGAUGAGGAGGAGGUCGAAGAAAUCUACAACGAAACUAGUGCAUUCAUGACAUCGGGUGAUCGAAAAUAG